GAGGGCCUGCUCACGAUAUCGAUAUCGCAGGUGCGGCGUUGCCACUUGCGAGCCGCGAUGUUCAUUAUCACCGAUAUUUCCAUUUUCUUGUGCCCAUCGAUCGCACUAUCGUCCAGUGCCAAUCGACCGCCUAUCGAGGCGCCCCCUUCCCUGUUGAAUGGUGAUUCUGCAAAUUGUUUAUGCCCGUGCACCGGUCGGCAGAAGUUUAGUUUUUUUCUACCCCUUAGCCCGGCGUUUCCACUUGUCCUUGCCACUACGUUGCCUUUGUUGACCACGAGUGCCCUUUCAGACUCCAGCAGCUGUGCUUCCUGGUUUGGACCCCGAUCCGGCCCGCGAUCCCGUCUCCUCGUCUGGGCAUGAUGCCCUUCUCUG